AUGCUGAAUACCCCUACCUUCUUUUCAGAUGCAGGGCAUUGUAACAAGUGUCCAGAAAAUCAGCACCCAAACCAGGACCAAGACCAAUGCAUCCCCAGGGAGAUAACCUUCCUCUCCUAUGAAGAACCUUUAGGAAUCAUCCUGGCCUCUUUUGCUUUCAUCUCUUCUUUGACCACAGGAUUUGUGUUAGGAAUCUUCAUCAAAUUCCUAGAAACCCCACUGGUCAAGGCCAACAACCGCGACCUUUCCUAUGUCCUCUUGGUUUCCCUCCUACUUUCCUUUUUGUCCUCCUUCCUGUUUAUUGGGCAGCCAAGCAAAGCAACUUGUCUGCUCCGACAAAUGGCCUUCAGCAUCAUCUUCUCAGUUGGCGUGUCUUCUGUGCUGGCAAAGACCAUCACUGUGGUGCUGGCCUUCCUGGCCACCAAACCAGGGAACAGCGUGAAGAGAUGGCUGGGGAAAAGUUUUGUAUGCUCCAUUGUAAUCUGCUGUUCUAGUGUCCAGGUUGUCAUCUGCACCAUAUGGCUGGGUGUCUUUUCACCAUUCCCUGAGUCUGACAUGCAUUCCUUGCCUGAAAAGAUAAUUCUGCAAUGCAAUGAAGGAUCAGCCACCAUGUUUUAUACUGCCCUCAGCUACAUGGGAUUCCUGGCCGCCAUCUGCUUCACCGUGGCUUUCCUUGCCAGGAAGCUUCCAGGGGCCUUCAAUGAGGCCAAGCUGAUCACCUUCAGCAUGCUGGUCUUCUGCAGUGUCUGGGUGUCCUUUGUGCCCUCCUACCUGAGCACCAAGGGGAAGUACAUGGUGGCUGUGCAGGUCUUCUCCAUCCUGGCCUCCAGUGCAGGGCUACUUGUCUGCAUUUUCCUUCCCAAGUGCUACAUCAUUGUCCUGAGGCCUGAUCUGAAUACAAAGCAGCAUCUCACAGUCAAAACUAAAGGGGAUGGGACACUCAAGGAUUAUUAG